UGAUCAGUAAUCACGUCAUGGGCAGAAUUACCAGAAAUUUUCCUUACUUUAAUCCUAGCUGCAUAGAAGUCACUACGAGUGCAAACGGUUCGGUUCGAUGUGGUGGGAAAUGGACAGUGAAAAUUUGAAGAUUAGCGAACACGGUGUAACCGAAAAGGACAUUUCCAGCGAAUUUAGUCUACCGAAACGUUUUGAGAGUCCAUAUCUUUUCAAAGGUUAUGGAAAUCAAAAAGAUGACCUCAAUCCCAUUUACAGAACCUCUAACUCUGAUUAUGGUUAUUAUCCACCUUGUCCACAUACUGUGCCACAUAAGUAUUUCCCAAAGUCGCACAAAUUUAGCGGCCAUCUUUACAAGUGUGGAAUGUUCCGGAACUAUUCUCUCAACACUUCAAUGGAUCGACCGUAUUGCGACAACUACUAAUGUUUAAAUACGAAUACUUGUACGUUAUCUGAUUCGUCUAUUUGCAAUAGUAAAUGAUAACUGGAUCCAUAAAAUAAAAUUAUUGUGAGUGAAACCUCAAUGAUUCAAAUGAUUCAAAACUUAUCUCUUUUAAAAGCAGUUUGUCCUUAAUCGAGGGCCAUUACAGUGAAAGAUGGUCGAAUUUGUCAACCUUGCUGAUAACGAAGUCUUGAGCAAGGGUCAAGUAAACAAUUGACCUACUUCUUCAUGAUAGCUUCUUGUGUCUCAUAUACCAUUUGACUAAAAUAUGUAUAUUAAUAAAUGUAAUAAAAAAGUGAACUUACCUGAACAGCA